ACCAUUCAGAUCUCUUUAGCGAAACACCCGCAUAAUAAAAAACUUCGUAAAUUACACACUCGAUAUUUAAAACAGCAAAUUAACACUUAAUAAAAGUACAAAAAGAGUUUAGCAUUUUGGGCAUAUUGAGCGGCGAGUGGUUAUUUUUAGCAACAUUUUAAUAGAAUUUUAUGUGUAAACGAAUGUUAAUACAUACUUAUGAAUGUAUGUACAAAUGUAAGUGCGCACGUAUUUGAAUUUCGUCGCAUAUGUACAGUUGUAGUAUGAACAAACUGAUGAAAGCACGGUGCGAAGUAUACAAGUGACGCAUGAAGUCGUAAAAAUAUUCAAUUAACAUAUAUAAAUAUAUACACUAACAAAAACGAAAAGAAAAACAGUAAACAAAUAUUUAUCUAGUUGCUCAACUGAUUGUUUGUUGCUUUCAGCCGUAUCAGCCAAUUCUGUGCACAUUUACCGCUUUAACAAAAUUAAUUCACGUUAAAAUUAUCUGCGAAAUCGCUAUAGGAAACGGACCGCACGUGAAUAUUUGGCAUUGCCCAUUGAGCCGAACGUUCUCAGCCGGCCAGCACAUACCCGCCGCGCUGCGAGUACAACAUAUUUUUUACAUAUACAUAUGUAUGUAAGUAUUUCAAAUGCCGGGAGUAUAUACGGUUAAGAGAGUAUGCGAAAGUGUUUAUGAAUAAGCAUCAUUUUGCAUUGGUACAUACCGAAAAUAAGGUGAUUCGUCUGCGUAGCGUCUCACGCUCAACAGUUCGCUAGUGACGACGUGGUUGUUGCGCCACUUUCCGGAGAGUGGAAUACCUACAUACGUGCAUUUUGAGUGCUGAGAGCUAGAUGUACGCAAUACAAAUCGUAAAGAGCACAGGUACUGAUUUUCAUAAGUAAUUUGUAUCUUUAACCAAUAAGACGGAGUCUCGUUCGCAGUUAUUCAAACUAAACAAUAAAGCCAGUAUUUGCAAAUCAACAGCAGCCGCAAAGCUUUCGCACAUAAUACCUACAUACGUGCAUUUUGAGUGCUGAGAGCCAGCUGUAUGCAAUACAAAUCGUAAAGAGCACAGUUAUUCAAACUAAACAAUAAAGCCAGUAUUCGCAAAUCAACAGCAGCCGCAAAGCUUUCGCACAUAAACAGUUGCAAAAAUGGGUUACGAUGAGGUGCUUGUGCCCCUGGGAGAUUUCGGCAAAUAUCAACGUCUUAUUUUCUUUUUACUUUGUCUUACAGCUAUCUCUUGUGCCUUUCAUAAAAUGUCGCGCACAUUUAUUUUUGCCAAACCGAACUUCCGUUGUCAACUUCCUUUUGAGCACGAAGCGAAUGAGACUCAUCUUAACGCCAGCAAAACGAACGAUUUCAAAUUGCCGGCUCACCUGUGGCAUUUGGUGUAUCCCGCAGAUACAGCUGAUCCGAAAAUAGGGCGUUAUGAGGCUUGUAGCUAUUUUAAUAUUGAAGAUAAAUACUAUGCGUUGUUGGGUGGCAGUAUGCAGGCAUAUAAUGACAGUAGCUCGCUGCUGCAUCAAAACAUUACAUUGAGUAAUGAAACGGUGCCUUGUAACGGCUAUAUUUAUGAUCGGUCCAAGAUUAGCAACAGCGCCGUCACGGAAUGGAAUAUGAUUUGCGACCACAGUUUCUUGGUAGCCACUAGCGAUGCGAUAUUUAUGUUUGGCGUUUUAGUUGGUAGCAUUGGCUUCGGCCAGUUAUCGGAUAAGUGUGGCCGAAAGCCAGUCUUCUUUGUUUCGCUGCUGAUUCAGGUGUCGUUUGGCAUACUGGCCGGUAUUGCACCAGACUAUCUUACCUAUAUAAUCGUACGUUUUAUAAUUGGCGCCACAACUUCGGGAGUGUUUCUCGUUGCUUAUGUCAUUGCUAUGGAGAUGGUGGGUCCGAAGAAACGUUUAUAUGCUGGCAUAUUCUUGAUGAUGUUCUUCUCGGUGGGUUUUAUGCUUACAGCGGUAUUUGCCUACUUCAUAAAUGAAUGGCGCACAUUACAAAUAGCCAUUUCAUUACCGGGUCUUUUAUUUCUCGGCUAUUAUUGGAUAAUACCAGAGUCCGCUCGUUGGCUAAUUUCGAAUAAUCGUAAAGAAGCCGCGAUAGCCAACAUUCAGAAAGCCGCUCGUUUCAACAAAGUGCAUUUAGACGCGGCUGAAAUUAAUCGAUUACUAAGCGAUGAUGAAAACGUCGAAAAUUUGAAAACCAAGGAAACGCAAGAGAACACUGCUGCGACCUCUAACAGAGCAGUAUCCGUUUUCGAUCUACUACGUUAUCCGAAUUUACGUCGAAAAACGUUGUUAAUUUUUUUCGAUUGGUUUGUGAAUAGCGGUACUUAUUACGGACUUUCGUGGAACACAAACUCUUUGGGUGACAAUAUGCUGUUGAAUUUUGUGAUUUCCGGCGCAGUUGAAAUUCCAGCCUUCACUUUCUUGCUUUUCACACUCAAUCGUUGGGGACGACGCACCAUUCUCUGCGGCUGUAUGUUAGUUGCCGGAUCCGCGCUGCUGCUCACCAUUGCCGUUCCGAAAGAAUUGAAUUGGAUGAUAAUUGUGCUGGCAAUGAUGGGAAAACUCGCAAUCACGGCUUCUUAUGGCACAGUUUAUAUCUUCUCAGCAGAGCAAUUCCCCACGGUAGUGAGAAAUGUGGGCUUAGGCGCGUCUUCGAUGAUGGCGCGCAUUGGCGGUAUUUUAGCGCCCUUCAUCAAUAUGCUGAGCAAUGUAUGGCGUCCGUUACCGCUCAUCAUUUUCGGAAGCGCUGCAUUCAUCGGUGGACUACUGUCGUUGCUGUUGCCUGAGACACACAACAAGCCGACGCUGGAGACGAUAGAGGAGGGAGAAAAUUUCGGUAGAAGGGUAGAUACGAGGAUCGAGCGGUCCAAUAAAGACAUAUUUAUUGUGGAUAACAUGGAAAAUGUGCCUUUGAACAGUAAUGGUAAUCAUCCUGACAAAAUACAAAUAAAAAAUAUGAGUAGUUGAAUAGUUAAAGUUGUAUCACCAAGUUUUAGUUUGAACAAUUUUAUUUCAUUUUGCGCUCUGCUAUGCAGAUAUGUAAAAACCCAAGUACUUAUAAUAAUAUUUUCGUAAACGUUUCGAUUUGAUUUAAAUAUAUGUUCUUUUCAUAUAUUAAUUUGGAAACCAUUAUGGCUCACAAUAUAAGUAUGCAAAAUUUCAACUUUUAUACGUUCUGGUUCGGCUAUUUAAAUUAUCUAACUAAACUUCCGGGGAUUUCAACAAAAUAUGUUAUACGAGUAUAUGCAUAUAUUUAUUUAGACUAUCGCACUAGUUAUCACACUUUUCACAUUUGUCAAAAAAUAUUUAAAGUCUUCUACUGCUUUCAAAAAUUACCCAGCUGCAUAACAUAUUACUUAAUUGUCGUAAGCUAGUCGUAUGUUAAAUAUUUAUUAGUGCAUAUGUAUGUGUAUCUAUAUGUAUUGCGGUAUACUCUGUCUACUUAAAUAUUACCAAAUUGUGAUGAGUUAUAGUUACGAAUUCUACAAACUAGCAACAAUAAUCUAUUUUAUUUUAUGAAUAAUUAUUUUAAAAUGGACAAUUAUAUAGUGUAUGUACUAUAUAAAUGAA